CGAGCAAUUGUGCGCUGUCUGCUCUCAUCUUUAAACUCACACAACCUUCCCCAAAUUGUUGUUGACAGACAAACAAAAACACAAUUACCAAACCCUCUCUUUUUCAUUCAAAUUUCACACAAAAAAGAACAAAUCUUGCCUAUUCUUUUUACAAUUCAAGAUUAUAUAUUUCUCAUUUCAAGAUUCAACCUUUACUACACCAAGAUUCAAGUUUAUCAGAUCUGGCUUCAUUCAGUUUAAUCAGCUGAACCUGAAUAACGUUGGACGGUGUGCCUCAGUGUGUGGACACUAAGUGAAAAUGAAGAAGGCAUUCAGGGACAUUAAAAGAGGAGUUAAUAAGAAGGUUCUUAAAGUUCCUUCAAUAGAACAGAAGGUUCUAGAUGCUACAAGCAAUGAGUCAUGGGGUCCACACGGAACACAUCUUGCCGAUAUUGCACAGGCAUCAAGAAACUACCAUGAAUACCAAAUAAUCAUGUCAGUUGUUUGGAAGCGUCUCAGCGAUACUGGGAAGAACUGGCGCCACGUGUACAAGGCUUUGACCGUUCUUGAAUAUUUGGUAGCAAAUGGGUCAGAACGUGUAAUCGAAGAUAUUAGAGAACAUGGAUACCAAAUAUCGAAUUUGGCAUCUUUUCAAUAUAUCGAUUCUACUGGGAGGGAUCAAGGGAGCAACGUAAGGAAGAAAUCGCAAAGUCUUGUUGCUCUUGUCAACGAUAAAGAAAAAAUACAAGAAGCAAGAGAGAAAGCUGCUGCCAGCAGGGACAAUAGGUUCCGUCAGACAUCCGGAGGUUCUGGAGAUGAUCGAUAUGACGGGCAAUAUGGAAGUAGAGAUGAAGAUCGUAACGGUUACGGUAGGGAUUCAUAUGGACGUGAUGGUGAAGACCGCUAUAGUUAUGGCGAUGAUGAAUAUCGCAGAAAAAGUCAAAGUAUCGAUGGUGAUUAUGGUGCAAAAAGUCAAAGCUCUGAUAGAGAUGAUGGUCAUCAUUCUUCUAGAGAUAGCAAUGCUAGAGUUGAAGAUGCUUCUCCUGAUGGGGCCGGCAGCCGGCUUGAACCAAAAUUAUCUGGACAAAAUCUCGGGGCGCCCCCUAGUUAUGAAAACGCUGUAACCGAGGGUGAGGCACCACCUCCGCCUCCCGCCGCUAAUACUCUAGGCGCUGUUCUUGCUAGCAACUCUGAACCUCCGGUCACUGCCACGCCACCGCCUCCGGCAGCCGCCACACCUUCAGUGAUCUCCGACAAGGAACCAGACGGGUUUGACUUUUUUGACCCUCGUGGUCCACCCCCAGCUGUAGCUGCCCCGUCAGCGUCAAGCAAUGCUGAGGUGGACUUAUUUGGUUCUCUAUCAGACUCUUUCUCUUCAGAUGUAUUGGCCCUUGUGCCAUCUGAACCGCCUGCUCCUACUAGCUCUAAUCCUAGUCGGACCUUUGUGGCUGCAUCACCGACAACUCAGCAGUUUGAUGAUCCAUUUGGUGAUGGUCCUUUUAGAGCGGUCCCUUCUAAUGAUGGAUUCUCGGCUCAACAGUCAACAUCGCCAUUCACUGUCGCUGCGACUGAUGUAUUCUCGGCUCAACAGUCGAAAUCACCGUUUACUGAACCACCUCAGACAGUUGCUCAAACGACGGUGAAUGACAUGGGAUUUGGUGACGGGUUUGACCAAACCGUUGACAUUCUAGCAGGUAUACUUCCCCCAACUGGACCACCCACGCAGAAUGGUUUUCCUUCUCAAACUGGUCAACCCGCCCAGACCCCGUUUGGUCAAUCAAACCAGACCCCGUUUGAUCAACCAAACCAGACCCCGUUUGAUCAACCAAGCCAGACCCCGUUUGGUCAACCUAACCAGACCCCGUUUGGUCAACCUAACCAGACCACGUUUGGUCAACCUAACGAUGCCCCCUUCGGUCAAUCAAACCAAACCCCGUUUGGUCAACCAAACCAGACCCCCUUUGAUAAACCUAACCAGACCCCAUUUGGUCAACCAAACCAGACCCCAUUUGGUCAACCAAACCAGACCCCAUUUGAUCAACCUAACCAGACCCCAUUUGACCAACCUACGUCCCAGACUAGUUAUCCAGGUCAAUUUGGUCAACAAAAGCCACAGUCAGCUUUUCCAGUUCAAGGUGGCUACCAGUCUAUUCCACCGUCGACGUUUUCGGCUCAUGGUGGCCAAUCUGAGUUGCCACAUGAUUUUCCAGCUCAGGGCAUUCAAUCUCAAUCUAUGCUGCCCUCAGGUCACCCGUCGUCACAGGGUGGCCAAUUUGAGUUGUCGUCUGCUUUUCCAGCUCAGAGCGGCCAAUCUGUGUUGCCAUCUGGUAUCCCGACUCAGGGCAGUCAAUCUAUGAUGCCGCCCAGUCUCCCAGCGGCUCCGGGCAGUCAAUCUAUGGUGGCGCCCGGUCUAUCGACGGCUCAGGGCAGUCAGUCUAUGUUGUCGCCCAGUCUCCCGGCGGCUCAGGGCACUCAAUCUUUAUUGCCGCCCAGUCUCCCGGCAGCUCAGGUAAGUCAAUCCAUGUUUCCGCCCAGCCUCUCGGCGUCUCAGGGUAGUCUCUCCAUGUUGCCGCCCAGUCUUCCGGCGGCUCAGGGCAUUCAACCCAUGCUACCACCCAGCCUCCCGGCGGCUCAGGGUAGUCAAUCUAUGCUGCCGCCCAGUCUCCCGGCGACUCAGGGCAGCCAAUCCAUGUUGCCGCCCAGUCUCCCGGUGGCUCAUGGCAGUCAAUCUAUGCUGCCGACUAGUCUCCUGGCGGCUCAGGGCAGUCAAUCUGAGCUGCUGUCUAGUUUUCCACCUCAAGGCAGUCAAUCUGUGUUACCACCUGGUUUCCCGUCGACUCAGGGUGGUCAAUAUGUGUCGUCUGGUUUCCCGUCUACUCAAAAUGCAUCUCUUGGUGGUAUUUCUUCUCAGUCGGGUACCAUCUCACAGUUAGGGUUUCCCAAUUCCAAUGGUCAAUCCAGUCAACCUAAUAAUAACCUUUACGGCGGUAUCCCGCCUCAGGGUCAACCUACAUCAGCCCCAACACCGCCAGCUGCCUCGGUUUCAAGUUUCUAUCAACAACCACAGUUACAGUCAAAUACCUCCAAGGCCACCCAACCACCAUCUGUCACUGCAUCAACAAGUGCACUUGCUAUAGUUCCUCAACAACCUGCAAAAGAAAAAUUCGAGACCAAAUCCACUGUUUGGACUGAUACGUUGAACCGUGGGCUCGUUAAUUUGAACAUCGAUGGAUCUAAAACAAACCCGCUAUCUGACAUUGGAAUCGAUUUUGAGGCGAUAAACCGUAAAGAAAAGAGAAUGGAAAAACCUAGCAAAACCCCGGCAACUUCAAAUGUAACCAUGGGUAAAGCCAUGGGCUCGGGUUCUGGAAUUGGACGUGCUGGUGCAAGUGCUCUAAGACCCGCAUCCAACCCCAUGGCGGGUUCAGCAAUGGGAAUGGGAAUGGGUGCAGGGCCAGGGUUUGGAGGUGGUUACCGAGGUCUAAACCAGCCCAUGGGAAUGAACCAUAUGCCGCAAAAUAUGGGCAUGGGAAUGAACAGUAUGCCUCAGAAUAUGGGUAUGGGUAUGGGAAUGAACAAUAUGCCACAAAAUAUGGGUAUGGGAAUGAACAAUGGCCAAGGGUUUCAGAUGCAAGCGCCACCUGCCACCGGAUUUAUGCCGCCUGGAAAUUAUAAUCCGAUGAUGGGUAGAGGUGGCGGUUAUGGUCAGCAACCUUAUGGUGGCUACAGAUAGAGUUGCAGCGGUAAGCAUAGUUAUUGUGAUAUAAAAAGCUAUUCUUUUUCCUGAUAAUUUUGUAAUUCUUUUUGAUUCCGUAUAGCAUUAUUAUUCUGUAUAACCAACAUCAAGAUCCUUAAUUUCUAUAUAUUCAAAACAUUUUUGUGUCUUGAUUUUGAAA